GGUCCAGAGCAUCACUUACAGGAUGGAGGAGCAUCUUGGAUUUCUGCCCUCAUCUCUCUGGCCAAUAAACCAGGUGACGUCAUCCCGGACUACAGGAGGAAGGGGGCGUGGCCUGGGCGCCGUGACAGGACGUGAUUGACAGGCCUGGUGCCUGAUUAAAGGCGCCACGAACAGUGAGCUCUCCUCAAGAUGCUUCAUAAUGAUGAAUGAUGAUGUUAAUGAGCAUCUGACCCCAGUGAGGAGUUUCUGUCACGUUACACUGAUGUUACGGUUCAAUCAGAGAAGCGCGUCGUCCUGGAUACGGUCACGUUCCCGCUGGAUCAGGGAAGAGGCGCCACUGGAAACAUCUGAGGAGACAACGAGGCAUGCAGGAGUGUAUUUAACAAUAAAAUGAUCAUGAAUGAUAGUCCUGUACUGAUUUAUUAUCAUAUAAAUUAAUCAGUGCUCAACAGACUCAUUAGCAGCUACCUGACAGUCAGCUCUCAUUUUGGAGAACAUUUUAAUUUAAGUUGCAAUUUUUUGGACUUCUGUAAAAUUAAAGGCAGUGACAUUUUUUUCCCAUAUUUUAUGAAAUUUUAUGAAAAUCAUCAAUCCACUCAGCUCAUAAGAUGACGUUUUUCUAUAAACAAUAAUUCAUUGAUUUGUCAACACACAGCAGCUACAUUGAUAAUCAAGAAGUCAUUUCUGAAGCAAAUUUAAAUGUGAGCAGCUAUUUUUUUAAAGACUUCUGUAACAUUAAAGGCAGUGAAUUAUUACUUUUUUCAUAUUUUAUGACGUUUUAUGGAAAUAACCAACACACUCCGUUUAUAGAAUCACAUUUUCUAUAAAUCAAUUAAAAAAUAUCAGCGCACAGAAGAAAAACUAGCAGCUAUACUGAUCAUCAAGACGUUUUGUGAGUCAUUUUUGAAGCAAAAUUGAAUGUGAGUUGCUAUUUUUUAAGACUUCUGUGAAAUUAAAAGCAGUGAAUUUGGGUUUAUUUAAAAUAUUUUCUGAAAAUAAUCCCGACAUUGCGCUCAUGUGGUGCCAGAUAACAUCCUACUGCUGGAAGGUGUCCUGGAACCUGUAAAUAAAAUGUCUGUGCUGUUAAAAUUCGCUCCGACAUGAAGUUCUAGGUUAGAUUUCAGUCCUUUCUUCUUCUCAUGUGGUGCCCAUCAUGUGUUUUUACGCACAUCACCGACAUGUCAGGACGUAUCCUCGCCUCCACCUGCGCGCAGUCCGGCUGCAGUGUCUCUUUAAAAGGCGAUCCCAUGCUCAGAUCCAGGGGGCUGGCCCUUCAUCGACUUGCAUGCGUGUGUGUGAGUGUGUGUGUGUCCGUACGUAAGUGUGCGUUUGUAUGAGUGCUCGUGAGUGUGUGUGUGUGGAGCGCUGAGUGGAGAGCAGAUCGAGAUACAGUAGUAACCCGGAGUGAGGUGGCAGUCUUCUUCCACAUCGACACCGAGCUGCCCUGCGCACAUCCUCUCUGCCUCCAGAGCGCACUUGAGGAGUGAAAGAGAAAAGAGUCAAGAUGGCAUCUGGAAGUGGACAAUCCGGGAUCUAGUCUUCUGGUUUUCUCCUGCUCCCGCUGAGUGACUGGCCGUCCAAGGCUGAUAAGUAAGUUGCUGUCUCCCUGGUGGGACUCCAGCGCUGCUGAAUAGCAACAAAGGACGGGAGCGCGCAUUCAUGGGACGCGACUUUGACAGCUCUUCAUCUCUGCGCUUCUAACUUUAUUACCUGCAGCUGGGGGGAGAUCGUGACUGGAGGUGGGGGAUCAUGGCCGAGGCUCCGCUCCCCGACGCGCUCCCGGACUUAGACGUGGUCAUCGACCCGGAUUUUGAGCCCCAGAAGCGGCCGAGGUCUUGCACCUGGCCGCUGCCACGGCCGGACUCGAGCGCGGUGAAACCGGAGAGCAACGACACAGAUAUCAUACCGGAGGAGGAGGACGACGAGGAGGACAAUGCCACCGCUGCGGCCAUCGGUGUCAACGGCUCCGGCGUGGCGGCGGACGACCAGAGCAGCAGCAGCCCGGCCGCGGACGGAGCGCUGUCCUCCCCGGGCCAGGACAGCGGAGGCUCCCCGCUCUCCACGCACUCCCCGACGGCCACCUCGGGCGCCCUGACCCCCAGCAGCCUGGCCGCGGCGCAGACCCCGAGGAAAGCGUCCUCUCGCCGGAACGCCUGGGGGAACCUGUCCUACGCCGACCUGAUCACCAAAGCCAUCGAGAGCGCGCCAGACAAGAGACUGACCCUGUCCCAGAUCUACGACUGGAUGGUCAGAUCCAUCCCCUACUUCAAAGACAAAGGCGACAGCAACAGCUCUGCAGGAUGGAAGAACUCCAUCCGGCACAACCUCUCCCUCCACAGCCGCUUCAUCCGAGUCCAGAACGAGGGAACAGGAAAGAGUUCCUGGUGGAUGAUCAACCCAGAGGGAGGGAAGGGUGGCAAGGCUCCACGGCGCCGGGCGGUCUCCAUGGACAACAGCAACAAGUACACUAAGUCUGCCCGCGGCCGCGCUGCCAAGAAGAAGGCCGCCCUGCAGGCUGCAGCUGCAGCUGGUGAAGGUGGUGGAGACAGUCCGUCAGGUCUCUCCAAGUGGCCUGGAAGCCCAACGUCACGCAGCAGCGAGGAGCUGGAUGCCUGGACAGACUUCCGCUCUCGCACUAACUCCAACGCCAGCACACUGAGCGGCCGCCUCUCGCCCAUUCUGGCCAAUCCCGAGCUAGACGAGGUGCCCGACGACGAGCCUCCUCUCUCGCCGAUGCUCUACUCCAGUCCUGGCAGAGCGCUGUCUCCUGGGAAUGCCACGAACAAUGGUGGGAAAGCUGUGCCGACUGAGCUGCCCCGCCUGGCGGACCUGGCAGGUACAAUGAACCUGAAUGACGGACUCACAGACGACCUGAUGGACGAGCUGCUGGACAACAUCAACUUGGUGCCAACCACUUCCAGCCAGGUCACAUCGAAUGGUUCCUCAGGGUUCAGUUUUGGGUCCAAACCCAACGGGAUCGGCUCGCCUUCCUCCACUUCCUCUCAACCCUCCAAUUCUUCUUCUAAUGGGGGAAGUAACGGCUACAGUAACUCCAUCUUCGGCCCUCACGCAGCGAGCUCCUCUCUGCGUCCGUCCCCCAUGCAGACCAUCCAGGAGAACAAGCAGACGUCCUUCUCCAGCAUCAGCAUGUCCCGCUUCGGCAGCCAGACACUACAAGACCUGCUCAACUCCGACAGCCACAACCACAGCGACGUCAUGAUGACCCAGUCUGACCCGCUGAUGUCACAGGCCAGCGCGGCAGCCGUCAUUUCCCAGAACUCACGCCGCGGCCUCAUGCUCCGCAACGAUCCCGUCAUGACCUUUGGGACCACCGGAGGACUUCAGAGCAGCCAGCUCCUGCAAAGUAACAACCACAACCAGAGGUCUAUAAACGGAGGCCUGAACCUAGCCAACGAGGCUAACGCGCUGGCUAACGCCAAACAGCAGCUCCUGCUCUCACCCUUGGGAGGAAACGGGUCUUCGUCCAUGCAGAUCGACACCUCAAUCUUCCUGAACGGAACAGUUAGCAGCAGCGGAGGGAUCUGUCAGGACCGUUUCCCCACAGAUCUGGACUUGGACAUGUUCAACGGCAGCCUGGAGUGCGACAUGGACUCCAUCAUCAGGAACGAGCUGAUGGAUGCAGACGGCCUGGAUUUUAACUUUGACUCUCUGGCCAACAUGAACGGAGUCGGCAACUUCACAAGCACCAAGCAGACCUCUCAGAGCUGGGUGCCCGGCUGAGGGGCUCGCUGCAAAGCAGGUCUGAACUGUGCGGUGCAAGAGAAGAUCAGACACACAACAUCCUUUUUUUGCCAAACCUGCCAUCAGCACAAUGUAAUAUACAAACCCUGUGUUUACAGAAGAAGACUUCCUCCUGAGAGCUUUACCUUCGCUCCCACACUGGUGAACCGUGAACGAUCCAACAGACUCUAGAGAUGCUGCACAUCAGCCCUCAAAGCCUCCUGUGAAACACCGACGAAAGAAACAAUCACGACAAACUCACAAAUCUUAGAAUUAUGCAAUUUUCCUUUGACACCCAGUCUGUUGAUAUCAAAGAGAGUCUGCUUAUCAGAGGGGGUUUCAGGUGGAAUACAAGGACUGGAGAUCAAGCAAAUACAGAAGGAGUGCACGGUGCAGUUGUUCCCGUCGAAGGCGACAAAAAAAAGAGACAAAAGUGUAAAAAAACAAAAAAACAACAAAAAUGGAGAAGUGAUGUGGUGUAAAUCUGAUCCAGUGGUUUCCUGGGAUGUGUUCUGUUGAAAAGAAAAAAAACAAGAAUUCCUUCUGUUCUUAGUGAUUUUAAAUGUUCUGUGUUUGUUUUUUGGAUUUUCUGUUGUUAUCAUACUUGUUUCUGGAUCAUACACGUCUGUACAGAAAGAAUUUGGUGUUUUUUUGGUGAAAUGAAGCGAUGAAAGCGAAGAGUUUGAACUCACUGAGCGGCCGGCAUACAGCAGACACACACACCGGCCGACCGGCACGUCGACCCGGUGGUCACAUCCUGAAUUCCUCAGUUCAACGCCAUGCACUCGCUGUUUCCUUAUUAUAAAUUGCUUGAAUUUAAAUUAACUUCAGCAUAUUGAGGGUUUUAUUACAAUUAGCUGAAUACUACGACAUGAUUUAUCCUUGUGUAUAGCAAACUGUAAAAAACAAAGAAAAAAGAAAAAAAAAGACAAAAGCCUAGAAGAAGAGUUGUCCUGGAUGGAUCCUUGUACAGCGCAGGGCAGUGGGACGUUCAAGGAAACAUCUUGUCUGUCUUAGUUUUCUUAGCUUUGGUGAGUUCUGUGGAGGUCAUUUUUAUCACAGCAUAUGAUGUAGCCAAACUGAAUACCUGUGUCCGAGGGUUGUGAACAUUUCCACACCAUAACAGGUGCUAUACGAACAGUGUUGAUCCUGUCCUGAGAGCAAGCCGUGCAUUUUGUUGGUUCUGUUUGUGUUUUGUUUUCCUCUGUUUUUACCCAUGACCUGCAGAAGCCCAGAGCUCUAGCCACUUGUAGCACGGCCAGGUUGAAGACGGCAGGGGGAGCAGGGUUUUUAGGCUCAUUCCUCUAGAAGCCAUUUGUUUCUUGAGUAUAACAAUAAGCUAUCUCUGUAUAUUGCCAAAUUACUUGAAACAAACAGUAGGAUAUGCUGGCAGCCAAAUCACAGCACACACACACACACACACACACACACACACACACGUAUAUAUAUAUAUAUAUAUAUUACACUCACAGAUAGAAAAACAACAGCAGGGAUGUGUAUUGAAGCUCUGCUGUUUUCUCGUCUCGAGCUCGUGGGGCUUGUUAUGCAUAUACAGAAUCACUCAGGGGGGAAAAGGGAGGCUUCCCGUUUAACAAACAUCAAGUCACAUUCGAAUGGUAUUUUAACAUUUCUUGCUUAAAAAAUAAUAAUAAUAAUAAUGAAAAGGCAAUGCUUUGUGUUUGUGAACUUGUAACCUGUGAACUUUUGGCAGUGGAGAUGAAGAGGAGGAAGGAAGACAGACGUCAGGAUGAUUACUUCACGCAGUCUGUUAGGUUGUUUUUUGGUUUUGCUGACAUUGUUUUGUUGUUUUUUUUGUUCUCCUCUCGUUGGACUUGUGAUGCACAUACACACACAUGCCCUCAUGGACACGCCUGGUGCUCCUGCAGGUGACUUCCUGUAUCUCCUGACUACAUGUCGAUGUGUGUUAAUCUAUGGAGUUCAUUUCAGUUGAAUUUAAUCCACGAGGAUGUGUAAUCCCUCACGGUGCAUACAGCACAGCCGACUGUAUGCAUGUAUGUAUUUAUGCAUCAUGAAUUGUGUGAAAUGCAUAUUUACUCGCUGUAUGUCCUUAUAUACUCAUGUAGUACUUGACCCUUGGAUUUUGUGAUACCUCUGAAGGUGAAGGUUGCGCGCUGGCUCGGAGGGAACACUGUUACCACAGAUUUCAUUGUUGGACCAGAUUUUGAAAUCGUAUAAAUCUGGACGCCCUGGUGCCCCGUCCCGGUUCGGGGCAGCGACGUGAACGUGUGUUCCCUGCUGUGUAUGAUAGUGUACAGAUUUGCGUAUAUCACUUUGAGGCGGAGGAGCGGGAGUGUGCAUGGUUGGCUAGAAUGAUCUACCGUGCUGUUAGUGCAUGAGCUAGCUGUACCCCCCUCCCCCCCUCCAGUGGUGCCGUCCCUCCACAGAUCGUGACUCGGAGACAGAACCGGGCCUUUUUAGAACCUGAACACACACACUCUGUUCCUAUUUUUAAAAUCAGGGCCGACCGAGGUGCACUCGCGCCAUCCUCCCGCUUUUAUUAUUACGUGAGCGUGUGUGUGUGUGUGUGUGUGUGUGUUUUGCACGUCAAUGCAGAGCCUCUUUAAAGGACGUUCCUCAGCUUCACACUUGAUUUAUUCCACCUGGAGCAGGUUCACGUCCCGGUGCUCUCAGUGAGCCGCUUGUGAGAACUCUGACGUGGUAGAAGUGUCAUCUGACAGCGAGCUGGAAUUUCCAUCUGAUAUUUCCAAAACACGAUCCGUCACUUGGUUUGACAGGGUCUGGGGGGGCGGCGGGAUCCUGAGCCAUCACCUGAGCCGCUGAGCGCUUCAAGUCAUCUGCACCGACUGUACUAAAUAUUACUGGACUUAUCCUGUGAAGAAGACUGACAAGGUGAAGUCAGGGCACGCCGUAAUCCUCUUCUAUUUACAGAGGGGUUAUUGAUCCCUGAUCAGCUGCAGAUCUCAGUCACAGAAAGGCGUUCCUAACAUUUUGUACAUUCAGUGUGAAAUGCUCUUCAGGCAGAUAGUUUACAGCUGAACCAGGCCGUCCACGCAGCCACUCGGUGCUUCAUUCAGGCUCACGUGAAACCUGCUCGUGUCCAACACACACACACACACACACACACACACACACACACACCUGCAGCACAGCACAAGCUGUUUUAAAGUUCAGAAAAGCAACAAAAAAAACUAAAUAGAGACAUACCACUAGAUACCUUAAUCACCUCUUGGACGUUUCCUUUUUAUUAUCUUCUCUUGAAUCCUUCCAUCCUCGCUGAGAAGCCCAGGCCAGCUCCCUCCAAACGCCCUCUGAGCUUUUCCCCUUCAAACUUCGCCCUUUAUUAAUCUUGCUUCUUCUCGACUUGAUGUUAGUGGGUAUUUUUCCUGUGUAUUCCAUUUUGAAUUUUAAUCUAGUUUGUAUAAGAAAUGGUGCGCAUGUAAAUAAAGCUUGGUGAGGCUCCACACUC